GCAAUGACAGCAGCGGGUACCUCGCUGCCCCUGUUGAAGCAAUGCCUGAUCAGGCGGAAUGGUCAACAGGAGCAGUACGGGGUGGCUGCCUCCUGCCUGCAAGAGCUGCGGAGAAAAGCUUGCGACCUCCUGGCAGGUGACAAGGGCUUAGACUCCAUUACCUUGGUAUUGGCUGAGGACGGCACCAUUGUGGAUGACGAGGACUAUUUCUUGUGCCUGCCACCAAACACCAAGUUUGUGGUAUUGGCAAAGGAUGAGAAAUGGGCCAGCAGCAAUAUAGAUGGAGGCACAGCUUGGCUCGAGAGAGAGACCACCGAGAUAGAUGCAGUGGACAGCGAGGGAGAGAGAUGGAGACACCUAGCCAGACAACUGAAGGCUGACCUGUCCACCAUUAUCUUGAUGUCAGAGGAAGACCUCCAGGUGCUCAUUGAUGUACCAUGCUCAGAACUAGCUCAGGAACUUGCUGAGAAUCAGCCCAAAAUCCAAACUCUGCAAGACACCCUUCAGCAGGUGCUGGACAGGAGAGAGGAGGAACGCCAGUCCCGGCAGCUUCUGGAACUCUACCUGCAGGCGUUGAAAAACGAGGACCACAUUGUACCAAGGGCUGCAGAUCCAGAAACAGAGGAAACUGCCGUGGACGGAAAGGAUACGGUUGAUCUUGGGGGGAGAAGCGGGGGAGGAUCUGCCCCCACCACUCAACUCAGCAGCCAGACCUUGUCACAACUCCGGGAGAAGGCUGCUCCAGAACUCAGCCUGUCCAGUCAGGACUUGGAGCUGGUUUUCAAAAACAACCCAGAAUCCCUUGCUCUGGCCCUGAACUGGGACAAGCCGAAGACGGAGGCCUUACAGCAGGCGUGUCAAGGGGAGCUUUCGCGGCGCCUGCAAAAGGUGCAGGCUCUGCACGCCCUGAAAAGCAUAUCGAAGGGCAAGAAGAAGCUGCCUUGGGGGGAGUGGCUGAGCUCCAAGCGCAAGAAAUAA